GAAUUUAUCAAAGAACAAGAAACUCAGAAUACUGAAAACAGAGAUUAUCCCUACUACGACCACUACUUGCCGUAUCGAAAACCGCGACCUGUCUAUUCAGCUCAGCAGUUGAUAACUACCACAAAACCGACUUACGAAACCGCUUUAGACGAUGAAAGUAACUGGUGCUAUCACUGUGCCACACCAUUAUCUACAUUGGAUCAUGAACUUGCUAAAGUUAUCACGCAAUUGCUAAAGGUUCGUCGAGCCUCGUAUCCAUCACAAGUGGUGAACCUGGACUGUUCCAAACCAACCAAUCAAACUAAAAUGGCAAAGCAGCAUUGCCGUCAUUCAUACUGCGCCACAAUUGUGCUUACGGAUCACGAAACAAUGAACGCGUUUACAAUGCGAGGCUGUGCUGAAAGUUUUGGCGCUAUUGAUACGGAGACAAUGAAAAAGCGAAGCGAUAAUUCAUUUCACAAAAUUCAUGAACUCGAUAUUCAAGAAUGUAUUUGUGAGAAACGAAAAUAUUGCUACACUGGACCCCAAAGGAGUUUGUCUUUCCAAUUUUACGAAGUACAGAAAGAAGUUUCGUCGAACGCUUUUUCAGUAGAAUGGAGGUCUAUCUUAGUCAUUUUAAUGUUUAGCUUUGUUUUAUUUUAG